GAAGCGUUUCCGGGGGCGGGAGGCACAGGCUGAGGCUGUCGCUGCCGCGACAGUUUGAGGAGGCCUGACGCUGGCGGCGAAGAGAGUGCCUCGGGCGGGUUAUGUGAGCUCAGAGCCCUUGGCAGAAGUCAGUGUGAUUUAAUUUGAAGCAAAACAGAAAACAGAAAUGGAUCCCUUUUUUUCAUUCAUAUUGCAUUUUGAUGACCAUGCAUAAGGAAGGUUAUUCCAACCCUACGACUUUGCAUUAGAGACUGCCAGCAGCUGUCCUGUUUUAUAUGCCUGCCAGCAAUGGGUAUAAAGGUUCUAAUCUCCAUGUAUCCUCAUUGACACUUGUUAAUGUCUGCUUGGUAGAUUACACCAACCUCAUAGGUUUAUUCUGCCUCAUCAUCAGAAGCUCUUCGAAGACUAAAAUUCCCUCAGCAGUACUAUUCAAGAUUUGUGAUGAAAUGGAGCCUGGAACAAACUCCUUUCGAGUAGAAUUUCCUGAUUUUUCCAGCACUAUUCUGCAGAAACUGAACCAGCAGCGCCAGCAAGGACAAUUAUGUGAUGUCUCCAUUGUUGUCCAGGGCCACAUUUUCCAGGCACACAAAGCCGUUCUUGCUGCCAGUUCACCCUACUUUUGUGACCAAGUACUCCUGAAAAACAGCAGAAGAAUUGUUUUGCCUGAUGUGAUGAACCCAAGAGUGUUUGAGAACAUUCUCCUGUCUAGUUACACAGGCCGCCUAGUAAUGCCUGCUCCAGAAAUUGUAAGUUACUUAACAGCGGCCAGCUUCCUCCAGAUGUGGCAUGUAGUGGAUAAAUGCACUGAGGUUUUAGAGGGAAACCCUACAGUCCUUUGUCAGAAGCUAAAUCAUGGCAGUGACCACCAAUCUCCAAGCAGUAGUAGUUACAACGGCCUGGUAGAGAGCUUUGAGCUAGGCUCUGGGGGCCACACUGAUUUCUCCAAAGCCCAAGAACUGAGGGAUGGAGAGAAUGAAGAAGAAAGCACCAAAGAUGAGCUGUCAUCUCAGAUCACCGAGCAUGAAUACCUGCCCAGCAACUCGUCCACAGAGCAUGACCGACUGAGCACUGAAAUGGCAAGCCAGGAUGGAGAGGAGGGCGCCAGCGACAGUGCUGAGUUCCAUUACACUCGGCCCAUGUAUAGCAAGCCCAGCAUCAUGGCUCACAAACGCUGGAUCCACGUGAAGCCUGAGCGCCUGGAGCAAGCUUGCGAGGGCAUGGACGUACACGCGGCCUACGAUGAGCACCAGGUUACUGAGUCUAUCAAUACCAUGCAGAUGGAGCACUCGGUCCAGCCUUCGGGCGUGGAGGAGGAUUUUCACAUCAGGGAGAAGAAAGUCGAAGCAGAGUUUGAUGAACAAGCUGAUGAAAGCAAUUAUGAUGAGCAAGUGGAUUUCUAUGGCUCUUCCAUGGAAGAGUUUUCCGGAGAGAGGUCAGAUGGGAAUCUAAUUGGGCACAGACAGGAGGCUGCUCUUGCAGCAGGCUACAGUGAGAAUAUUGAAAUGGUGGCAGGGAUUAAAGAAGAAGCAUCUCACUUAGGAUUCUCAGCCACUGACAAGCUGUAUCCUUGUCAGUGUGGUAAAAGUUUCACCCACAAGAGUCAGAGAGAUCGACACAUGAGCAUGCACCUCGGUCUUCGGCCUUAUGGCUGUGGUGUCUGUGGUAAGAAAUUCAAAAUGAAGCACCAUCUCGUGGGCCACAUGAAAAUUCAUACGGGCAUAAAGCCAUAUGAGUGUAAUAUCUGUACAAAGAGAUUUAUGUGGAGGGACAGUUUCCAUAGGCAUGUGACUUCUUGUACUAAGUCCUAUGAAGCUGCAAAGGCGGAGCAGAAUACAACUGAGGCUAACUAAAAAUAGGAUCUGGCCCUUGAGUGGCAUGCACAAAAAUAAACUAUGGUAAUUAAUGCAAAUCUGGGCACAGAUGAUGCGUGCUACUUGCUAUUAUGAGAAAAGCUUUAAAAAAAAAAAAAAAAAAGAAGAUAUUUCUGAAAGACCAGCUCUAAGUAGGCCAAUUAAAAAAACUAAUUCCUCAAAUUUGUAUGUUCAGCCCUGGCUUGGAAUGGAUAGUGGUGAUAUGUUAACCCACUGCCCAGCUGGUGAGGGAAACCUUCAAGCCAGUUGUGAUUGAGGCAGGCAAACUUGAUGGAGAGACCUGCACUUGGAACUGGACUCCAGCCCACCAGUUCCAUUUCAGGUGGCAGCAGCAUUGGUCAUUCAUUAUUACAAGGUCAUGUUGAAUUUUGUUUUGUUUGCUUUUACUAUACAUACUUAGGUAAUGUGGAUUUGUUUCAGUAGCUGCUUCACGGAAUGAAAUGCUACUUAGGUAAAAACUACAAAUAAUAUUUCUAGGAUGAGAAAUUGUCUGGUUUUAUUCUUAAGGAUAUUUGAACUAAAACUAUGGAGAUACUAGGAGGAUGAUAUUCCAAGUCUGAAAUAACAUGGUACAAGCUUCAGUUUCUGUCAGAUGCCACUGUCAUGUUUCGUUCUUUGAUAAGGCACAGUUUUGUGUUAAUACUAAAGUUGAGUUGAACUCUUGUAUCCUGUAAUUCUUUGAGGUGCCAGAGGUAAGUGUUUCUAAUUGGUUUGCUGCCCCACAUGCUUUCUAAUUGUAGCAUAUCCAUGCAGUGGGUUCUGCUCUGUCUGGCAGAGUGGUCAGAGGACCACGGUACGCAGAGCACCCCAUCUGUUGCUCUUAGUUUAUGGUGCUUCUCAACAAGGGCAGCCAGUGACCACCAUUCAUGGGAAGGAGCCAGAAGUCACCGCUGAGAGUUACCUGUGGACUUGAGGAGUUAACAGAGUGCUCCAGGAACACUCCCAUUUUCAAAGUGAGAGUUGAGGAAAAGCAUAAUCUUAGGAGUGUGGAGGGGAGGCUGAAACUGCCCAAGGAGAGUCUUGAAAAUACACUGGUGGGGGGGUGUUUUCGGAGGGGUACACUGAGCUAAUACUGCCUGUUCUUUAUAUGUGCUGGAAUGUAUGGUAAAAUGGGAAUGAAGGAGUCCUAAUUUUAGCAAAAUAUUCUACAGAUUCAUGCUCCCAAGUGACAGAUAAAAAGCUGCACAAAUUUACAAGUCUACACCUAGCAAAAAAGCAAGAAAAGCAGCUAUGCUGACCUUUUCUACUGAUUGGUCAGAUGUUUUAGGUUCAAAAGAAGGCAUAUAUUCAGAAUGCUUUUAAACUGUGCGACAUACCAGCGUAGGACAGGGUGCUAUAUUACAUCACCUUCCCAUAAAAUUAGGGUGUAUUCCAAGUAGGAAAUUUUUUUUCCUUAAAAUAAAAAUGCUUUCUGUUGGAUUUGGGGUGAAGUUUUUUUUUUUUAAAGUUUGGCUUUGCUCUAAUAUGAUAAGCAUUGCUGGCAACUGUCUCUUAACCCUUAAGCUCCUAACGAAGGCGUUUACCUGUUGAACAUUACCUGGAAAGGGGAAAGAAUACUUAUCUACCAGUUAAUUCUUGUAAUCAAGAUUACAAAACAGGGAUCUAUUCACUAACACUGUAUCAUUCUCAAUAUAUAAAAAGCACUUUGUAUUUAAAACUUUAUUACAAAUAUAUAUAUAUAUAUAUAGUUUUUUUAUCCUAGAAACUAGAUAUUACUUCUUGGUUGUUUGCCACAUUAAUAUCAUCUUCUCUUAGUGUUGAAACUUGCCAGUUAACAGUCCUUUCUCUGUGUACCUGACAGAGUGUAUAAAGGUGACUGUACAAUCAAAACUCAGUUGCUCUUUUUCUCAUGGUAGAGGCCCAUGGGUUUUAAGUAUAAUCCUGGCCAUUAUGUUUGAGAAGUUCUUUCUUUUAUUGCUCCUACAAAUUUCCAUGUUAAGACAGUGAAGCCAUUCCAUUCUGCCAAAAGCUGAUCACUGCUCCCAUGGUAUUAGCAAAACAGUUUCUGCCGUCGAGAGGGUCCAGUGUGCUGUUUCCUAUUAAAAGUUGCAUUUAAAUGAGCAUUGGGGCAUUUGAGGAGAAGAGUCUGAGAGGUAAAAUAAAAAUAUUCUGGGAGAACCGUGGUUCUUCAGUGAUGCUGACUCAGCACCCUGGUUCUAAGUGGUAACAAAGAACCUUUGUUCAUCCAGGAGUAUGGCCAGCCCCUAGGCGACAGUUGGGAAGCAUUCAGUUGUGCCGGGACUUAUUUAAUGUGUUUGAAGAAUAUCUAAUUGAAAUCCAUAUAUGUGUAUCAGCUGCUAAGUAUAGAACUUAAAUAAGUUCCUCACAUCUGUUGUCUUUAAUUUUGUGUGGUAGUUGGGCUGUUCAUUGGUCAGCCAGACUGAGGUGGUUUAGUAUCUGAGAUGCUGGCCGUGUUCAGGAGGCUGGGAAAGGGAUCACCUUAGUCCAGACAUUCAAAGUGAGCAUUCAUAAGUUCUACUUUUUAGGAUUAAGAGACCAUACUGCAUUCCUGCCUCUCUUCCCCACACCUGGGCUGCAGUGAUAGUCUGUCCCCUUAGAAGAAACAGCUUUAGGAAAUUCUUAUCCUUCCAGUUGAGUUUAGGUAAUUCUGGGUGACAGUUUUUAAAGUCUUUCAAGGAUUGUUUCAGUGGCCUACAACCAAGGUAUUUGUCCCUUACUUUGAGUCUUGUUUUUUUUUUCCCCAGUCCCUGUGGGAAAAGGCUUCAAGAUACCAUCAAUGGCAUUUAAUGUUCUACAAUAUCAUGCCUUUAAUUUUAGGGGACACGUCACCGUAAUUCACUUGGUAGUGAGGUCUCACUGUCCAACUAAGACUGUAACUGCAUACUGUGGUUGCCCUCCCCUCAGCUCCUAGAUUUCUCAGCUCAUUCUGAUUUCUAGCUCUCUAGUUCCUUUAGACCACUCUUUGCUUUAAAGGAGUUUGCACAAAAAGGUUUCCUCCAUUCUCAUGAGCAUUUGCUGUACUUCACUGACCCUGGGCAGGCCUCCAGCUAUUUGGGAAAGCCAUGUGCUCCAAGUAGCUCCUUUCUACAGAGGCUGCCACCCCUAGAACUGCAGUGGAAGGGAGGUUGAGGCACAGCAGGCUGUGUACUGUCCUGGGGGAGUAUUUGCUGCAGCUUCAGGUGGGGUGGAGAGGGCAUCUCUGCCUCAACUCCAGGAGUUUGCUCGUGGGAGCUCUCUGACACUUAAGGAGUGCUGGAAGCCAAGCCCCCUCUAUGUGUGCCACUGAUUUUUGUAAUUUAGGUUGCUUUCAUGAGUGACUUUGUUCAGUGAAACCAGGGUUUGUUCACUGUUUCUUCUUUGCUAUUACACAUUUAAAGGUACAAGUUUCUUAUUUCAUAUCUCUACUGAUAGUGCCCUUUGGGAAGAUGCUGGAACACAUUUUGCAAAUGUGACUUUGUUUUUUUAAUUUUGCUUGAAGUCUGUGUUAUGUCAGUUGCUGCUGCCUUCUUUUCUUUUAUGAGGUUCCCGAUGUUUCUUCCAGAAAAUUACUUUAUUUAUGCAAGUCAGGUGACUCUUAGGCCGCAAAACCAUUUGAUGAUGGACAGAUGAUCAUUAGGUACAUAUCUUAUUGAUAUUUUGUGAAAUGUUAUGCCUGUGUUGCAAAAGUUGAAUAGUUUUUGUCUUUAUAUAAUUGCUGUCUUCAGUGUACAGCAUGGUUUUACUUAAUUGAAUGUUACUGUUUAAUAUUUUCUUCUUAUAGAAGAGCUCAUGCCCUUUUGUAUGACAUGUUUUAAUAAAUGUUAUCUGUCAAUUUUGUAAAA